CCUAACAGUCUAAUAAUGAGCGGCAGAGGAAAGGGCGGGAAAGGACUCGGUAAAGGAGGCGCUAAGCGUCACCGUAAAGUUCUCCGUGAUAACAUCCAGGGAAUCACCAAACCCGCCAUCCGUCGUCUGGCUCGCCGCGGCGGAGUGAAGCGUAUCUCCGGUCUGAUCUACGAGGAGACCCGCGGUGUGCUGAAGGUGUUCCUGGAGAACGUGAUCCGUGACGCCGUCACCUACACCGAGCACGCCAAGAGGAAGACGGUGACCGCCAUGGAUGUGGUGUACGCCCUGAAGAGACAGGGCCGCACCCUUGAAGCGGCUCCGACAGCACUACACAGAGCAGACUGAUAAAUCACGAUGGCCAGAACCAAGCAGACCGCCCGUAAGUCCACCGGAGGAAAAGCUCCCAGGAAGCAGCUGGCGACCAAAGCCGCCCGUAAGAGCGCCCCGGCCACCGGCGGAGUGAAGAAGCCCCAUCGCUACAGGCCCGGUACCGUGGCUCUGAGGGAGAUCCGUCGCUACCAGAAGUCCACCGAGCUGCUGAUCCGCAAGCUGCCCUUCCAGCGCCUCGUCAGGGAGAUCGCUCAGGACUUCAAGACCGACCUGCGCUUCCAGAGCUCCGCCGUCAUGGCUCUGCAGGAGUCCAGCGAGGCUUACCUGGUCGGUCUGUUCGAGGACACCAACCUGUGCGCCAUCCACGCCAAGAGGGUCACCAUCAUGCCCAAAGACAUCCAGCUGGCCCGCCGCAUCCGCGGAGAGAGGGCUUAA